ACCGGAAGCGGAAAGCUAAUCCAUUUCCCCUCUCCACAGAGCCCGAUCAGCUGUGUCGGUUACCUGAGUUGAAAUUCCUCCUCUUAUUUCACCAUACGGACUCAAUAUGUCCUCCAAUAACAUGGCAGACCCGAGGAGACAAAAUAAAAUUCUCAGGUACAAGCCCCCCAGCACAGAAACCAACCCCACUCUUGAGGACCCCACUCCUGACUACAUGAACCUUCUUGGCAUGAUCUUCAGCAUGUGUGGACUGAUGCUCAAGCUCAAGUGGUGCGCCUGGAUAGCCGUUUAUUGUUCUUUCAUCAGCUUUGCAAACUCAAGAAGCUCAGAGGACACCAAACAGAUGAUGAGCAGCUUCAUGUUAUCCAUCUCAGCAGUUGUGAUGUCCUACCUCCAGAACCCACAGCCAAUGUCGCCACCAUGGUAACAGAGGGCCUUCCCCAAACAAACGUGAAGAGAAGUGGAGGGAGGUGGUUUGAACCAUCCAUACGGAUCAACAUACUGGACGUCUAUGUCUGUAGCAAUGAAGAGACGUGGAUAGCAAGGACACAAUGAGAAGAGGAAAAAAAAACAUUCAUUUUUGACAUUUUUUUCUAAUUUUCUUGUUUUUAAACUUGCAAUGAUUUUGAUGUUCAAUUCAAGUAUCAUUGUUUUUGUUUGGCUGAACCUUUGCUUUAUGUCCUGAAUAAAGCUGUGUAUGUUUUGGAGGAA